GCAAAGGAGUCGAGUGGCGCCCGGAUGGAAUGAUGCAGAAAAGAUAAUUACUCUACCACCUGAAGUAUACCAAGCAUACACGGAAGCACAUCCAGCGGCAAUACCUUAUAUUAAUAGGCCAUUGAAGAACUAUGAUGGAUUAUGCAUCAUUUGUGGAGACGAUAGCGCUACUGGAACAUAUGCGACCUCUAUGUUUGGGAAUAUCGAGGAGGGUUUACAUGAGGAAGAAGAUUUAGAGUUAGAAGAUCACACAAAUGAUAUACCUACAAACAAUGAAGAUAAUGGUAACGGUAGCCCGGCUACUACUGCUGUUAGACCUCAACGGCCACCAAGAAGAGGUAAUGGUAAUGUACAAGUUGAUGGAAAUUCUAUGACAGACUUGAUAAGUGCAGUUAAUAGGAUGGUUGGAGCAAUUGAAAACCCUUCACCCAUGACAACAUUGAUCUACAAGCGGGUGCAUGAAGUCGAUGGAUUUGACUCUAAUAUAUUAGACGUUGUGUUUGAAUACCUUGAUGAUAAUGAAAGACAAGGUAGGAAGUUCAUAGAAAAAACAUUGGACAUGAGAAAAGCUUGGAUUGAGAGGUUUGUGAGUUCCCACAUGGCUUGAUAUUAUGUGGAGAGGACCAUAUAUUUUGUGUUAGACUAUUUGUAUUUUCUUUGUCAUGGAUUGUUGGAUGUUGUUCCUAAUGUUGUAGACUUUUUUUUAUGGAUGUUGUUUCUUUGUGUUAGACUAUUUGUGUUACCCUAUUCGUAUUUUCUAAUGUUGAAGAC